UCAAAAUGAGAAUAUUCUAAAUUUUAUCAAAAAUAUAAAACCAUAUAUGCUUAAGUAUAUUUUUUUAAAAAUGUAACACGAAAAAAAUAUUUUAAAAAUAAAAAGUAAUAUAAAUUUUAAAAAUCUUUAUUUAAUAACAAAAAAACAGAAAAAUUAUAGGGCUUAUUUGCUAUCUAACCAAAAUUUGAAGUUAAAUUAAGCAUAUGACAAUGAUUUUGACAUUAUUAACAAACUAACAUUUAUCUCACUUUUACUUUGGUUAUGCCUUCAAUAAUUACAAGUACCCAGUCAUGGAGGAGAGAUACAGUGGAUGACGUUGAUGCCUUUUGCUAUGGGCAUAAUUGAGCCACUACUAUUUACUAUACAAUCUUGUAAUGAAGCCAUGUUAUAUGUACUUAUUUACUAUGAACAUAUUUAUUAUACAUAAAACAAUAAAAAUAACAUAGAAUCUACAAGUGCAUGGAUGACUAAGGAGAAAAUCAACUAGAGUUUGGAAUUUUUGUUUUAUUUUGUAUUAUGAAAAACAUUGUUCUUUUCUAUUUAAUAAAACUUGAAUAGUUCGAAUUGCAUUUUUAUAUACGGAAUAGAAUGAUCUGGUACAGCAAAUUGAGCAAGUUGGUAUUCAAUUUGAAUGUUCUGAAAUCCAAAAAUGUACAAACGCAUGAUUUAAAUGUUUUGAAGUGUUUUUAUUCUAUAUCACCAAAAUAGUAUAGGAUACUAAACGUUUUUUAACUCCUAAAUGAUAAAAAUUAUCCCAAUCCCACCUCCAAUCCCUAAAUACUAAACCCUAAACCCUAACUACUAAACCUUAAAUCCAAAUAUAAACUCAAAAUCCAAAUAUCUUUAUAUAUAAAAUCGACUUUUUCUCUUCUUCUCACAAGUGACAGGGGAGAAUUCUAACACUUAUCCCUCAAAGAAAUUCACUUAAAAAUAUUCAAAACUACACAAUACAUGUUGCUUACCGUGUACAAUACUAUACAAUUUAACAAACCAAACCAGUAUACAAUAUAUUGGUUUUCAUUUCUACUAAAGAUAUCUAAUAUACAAUAUAUUCACAAACCAAUAUAUAAGAUUCGACAGUUUACCGUGAUGACUAAAAAAUUCGAGUGUACAAUGCUUUAUAUAUAAAGAUAUACAAUACUAUACAAUAUACAAGAUAUUCACAAACAUAUCUAUUGUGAUAUUAUAACCAAUAAUUGAUUAGAUAUUAACAAAAACUAAUAAAAAAUACGCCACAUAUUAUAUCAUAUUAUUUUAUUAACUAAACAUUCUUUUUUUGCAUUACAUUUAACAUCCGACUAAAUUAAAAAAAACUUAUAAUAUUAUAUUAUAAGUGACCAUAGCAAAAUAAGACAUAACAAGGACAAAAAUUUUAAAAUAAAAACAAAAACAAAAACAUAUGUUUGCCCCAUAUUUUCGUUGUCCAAAUAAUAAAUUUAGUUUUAAAUAACACUAGAGUGAAUUUACUUAGUAAACUUAUUGACAUAAAAUAGAAAACAUAGCUAUUGUGAUAUUGUAAUCAAUAAUUGCUAGGUUUUGAACAAAAAUAAUAAUAAAAAACCAUAUUAAUAUAUCAUAUUAUAUUAUUAACCAUUCAUUCUUGGGUUUGCAUAUGAUUUAACAUUUGACAUAUUUUAAAAAAUAAUAUUUUUUAAAUAUGAUUUUUUGACUUUUUAAAACUAAUUUAGUGAAUUCCUAAUUGUAAUAGUUACUGAUAUUGUACUAUACCAUCUUUAAUAAAAAUGGCUUUAAAAUGUCAAAAUGGCACACAUAAAAAUAAAAUACAAACAUUUUUUCAUGAAAAAUAAUUAUCAACAUUCCCGCGCAUAGCGCAGACACCCCCUUAGUAAUUCAUAAACUCAAAUAGAAUGGAACAAAAUAAAUAACAUUGUACAUAUUGGUGAAAAUAUGAAAUAUAUAUGAUUACAUGGAAGAAUUUAAUGCUAACUUUAACUUCAACCCCCACUUUACAAAUACUAAACCCUAAACCCUAAUCACUAUCCCUAAACCCAAACCCUAACUCUAACCCCAAAUAUCAAAAUCUGAAAAUAGUACAUCAUUUUAUGUAAUAUUAAACUAUACGAUAUAGACCAUUCAUUUCAAUUAUUUACUUUAAAAUAUAAAAUAUAAUCAUUAUAAAUAGAAUAAUAUUAAAUAUUAUUGAAAUUCAGUUGGUGUUGUUGCCGUCUUGAGAAUUGGAGAAAGAAUCUGGGAAGUUGAAGAAGACAUGGUUGAAAGAGGUGGAGAAGGGUGAGUGAAUAACAAGAGCCACAAAUUUCUUUUUCAAUUAAUUAGUAAGGGUAAUUGCACUGGAUAUACAUAGAUAAAACAUUAUUUAGGUGAUCGAUUAUGACUAUUCCAAUUUUCAAAUAUUCCAAAAGUAUCCCUAUAGCACCUCAUCUCCGAUCCCCAAAACGCAAGAAAACAAUGUCGUUUACCAGCUCCCACCUCCUCCCUCCGCAAGAAGACCUUCCUCUCCGACACUUCUCCGAUCAAUCCCACCAACACCCUCAGCCUCACUUCUCCGAAACACCGUCGCUAAAAUGUCUAUUUUAAUAUAAAGUUGGCUAUUAAAACUUAUAAAAUAGCAUAUAAUUUAUCAUUUUUAUAAUAAAAAUUAAUCAACACAAAUUUAUAAUGAUAUUAUAUUACUGAUAAGGAAAUUAAUUAAUGCAUUAUUUAGAAAAUUUAAUAAGAUUUUGUUUUUGCUCAACAGAUUUUGUUAUAACUAAAAUAAAAUUUAAAUUUAUAGAUUAAAUUGAUUUAUUAAUAAUAAAUUGUGAAUUAUUAAGAUUUUUUAGAAAUGUUACAUAUUUGAUUGAUUAAUAUAAUAAUCAAAUAUGUUAUAUUAAGUAAUUAAUGAAAUAAUCCUACUAUGACUUUUGUACGGUAAGAAAUUGACUCAUAUCCGUGUAACGACAUAAUGGAGUGUACUGAAAUGCCUUUAAAUCCAGAUUACAUAACAACCCAAAGCUCAUAUGCUAUUAGACCACUAUAUAAUGGUUAAAUAAUAAAAGUUGUGUGUUUUAUUGGUGGUUUUAAGUUCUGUGUAAACAUUCUCAAUGGCUUAUAGUUUCAAUUCUGAUAUAGUAUAAACUGGUUGUACCAAGUAUAGAAUAAAUCCAUUGCUAUAGAUCACAGAGAGUUGUCACUGAUAAAAUAGACUAAAAGUAGAUUUCAAAAGAAAUAGAAACUAUGUGCAGACCAUAACAUACGGAAAGAAGGAAGAGAAAUUAAGAAAGUGAUGAAAAUUAAAAUAAACUAAAAUAAAUUUUGGAUAUACCCUUAAGAUGCGGGAGACUAAGCUUCUCCGAUCUCCUCUAUAAAUUCCCGACGUCUGUGAAACCACAACCACAACCACUUUUCCCUACCUCUCUCUAUCAAAUACUUUUCUCUCCUUUUGCCUCGUCCUUCUCCUUCGCCAACGUUAACACAACGUGACGGUAAGAUUAAUUACAAGUUAAUUGUAUCUUCAUUUAGAAAAAAAAGUGUAUUGUAUCUUCAUCCAAAUUUCGCACACACUUGAAAGUAUUUUAUUAUGUAUAUUUUAAUAGUCUUACAUUACAAAAAAAUCUUACUAUUAAGUUUUGAUUGUAUUAUCAUUGAAAAUACAAUACUUACAAUAACAAACAAAAAAUACACAGUAUUAACUUUUGUAACUGGACGUAAACAGGAGAGACAAGAGAGGCUAAGAUGGCUGAACAACAACUAGGAGUGCUGAAGGCGCUCGAUGUUGCGAAAACGCAACUUUACCAUUUCACGGCGAUCGUCAUCGCCGGUAUGGGUUUCUUUACAGAUGCUUAUGAUCUGUUUUGUGUCUCCUUGGUGACCAAGCUUCUUGGCCGCCUAUACUACUUCAAUCCGUUGUCAGAAAAACCUGGUUCACUUCCCCCUCAUGUUGCGGCGGCGGUCAACGGUGUGGCCCUUUGUGGAACCCUUGCUGGUCAGCUUUUCUUUGGAUGGCUGGGCGACAAGCUCGGAAGGAAAAAAGUGUAUGGUAUCACUUUGAUCAUGAUGAUCGUGUGCUCCGUGGCUUCUGGUCUAUCUUUUGGUAACAAAGCCAAGGGUGUCAUGACCACCCUUUGCUUCUUCAGGUUUUGGCUGGGAUUCGGUAUUGGAGGUGAUUACCCUCUUUCUGCGACCAUUAUGUCUGAAUACGCUAACAAGAAGACUCGUGGUGCUUUCAUCGCUGCCGUGUUUGCUAUGCAAGGUGUUGGUAUCUUAGCCGGAGGUUUCGUGGCGCUUGCUGUCUCUUCCAUUUUCGACAAAAAGUUUCCAGCUCCGACCUAUGCAGUCAACAGGGCUCUCUCAACGCCUCCACAAGCUGACUAUAUUUGGAGAAUCAUCGUCAUGUUUGGCGCUCUACCUGCAGCUUUGACUUACUACUGGCGUAUGAAGAUGCCCGAAACUGCUCGUUACACCGCUUUGGUUGCAAAGAACAUCAAACAGGCCACACAGGACAUGUCCAAGGUCUUACAAGUGGAGCUUGAGAUGGAGGAAAGAGCAGAGGAUAUCGUUAAAGACCCUAGACUUAACUAUGGCUUGUUCUCCAAAGAAUUUGCCAAACGUCAUGGUCUUCCCCUCCUUGGAUGUACCUCCACAUGGUUCUUGCUAGACAUUGCAUUUUACAGCCAAAACUUGUUUCAAAAAGAUAUCUUUUCAGCUAUUGGAUGGAUCCCAAAGGCAGCAACCAUGAACGGAAUCCACGAGGUUUUCAUGAUUGCUAGGGCACAAACACUCAUUGCACUUUGCAGUACCGUCCCCGGCUAUUGGUUCACGGUUGCAUUUAUUGAUAUUAUGGGAAGGUUUGCGAUUCAGCUAAUGGGUUUCUUCAUGAUGACCGUCUUUAUGUUUGCGAUUGCCUUCCCUUACGACCACUGGAUCAAACCGGACAAUCGUAUCGGUUUCGUGGUUAUGUACUCCCUUACCUUUUUCUUUGCUAACUUUGGUCCAAACGCAACCACCUUCAUCGUACCGGCUGAAAUCUUCCCAGCCAGGCUAAGGUCCACAUGCCACGGAAUAUCAGCCGCAACAGGCAAGGCCGGAGCCAUCGUGGGAGCUUUUGGUUUCCUGUACGCAGCUCAACCACAAGACAAGACCAAGACAGAUGCAGGAUAUCCACCCGGCAUCGGAGUCAAGAACUCUCUGAUCAUGCUUGGUGUCAUUAACUUUGUCGGUAUGCUCUUCACCUUCCUUGUCCCUGAACCCAAAGGAAAGUCCCUUGAAGAGCUCUCCGGUGAGACUGAGGUUGAGAAGUGACCACGCCGUAAUAUUUUCAAUUGUAUGUGUUAUUUGUUUGUAUCAUUCUUCUUAUAUUUGUUUACUUUUUGUGAUGUGUGACGUGAUAAUCGUAAUGGCACCCAUGCUUUUGUAUAAUUCGAUCAAUUCUCAAAGAAAUGAUAAGAAGUAAACAUUUGUAUAACUUGAUUCUCUUUAGUUUGUUACUUAUAAAUCUGUUACUAGUUUCUUUAAUACCGCGUAGAUUAUAUUAUAAGAAAAGUGAAUAUUUACAACUUAUAAAUUAACCAAUUUUUUUUAAACAAACAGUUGAGCCAAACUGCAGUUUUUAACUAAAUACUCUACCUUAUUAUUCACAAAAGAAAACUGUAUACUCAUAAAUAAACUGAAAAUCUACUCCGGAAAAUGGGGUUUGUACUGCAGUACAUCUCAUGGAUGAUGAAGUUGUAUUAUUUUGGUCUAAUAUAUGGUAUUAAUGAAUGGAUUCCUACGGGGGCACAUUUAUGUCCCUUACUUUCUAUAAUGUGUAUGAAAGUACUAAUUUCAAAUAUACAGAAAGCGGAAAAAGAAAACAACUAACUUGACUUAAGGUUGCAAGAGUGAAUUCUCCGAUUUCACAUCUCUUGUUUUCAGAUAUGAAAGCUUUUUUUGUAAGGAGGAGUGUCAAGUCAGUUGAAUAUUUUUUUUAAUGAAUAUUAAAUUAUUUAAACCAAAAUGUGCCAUUGUUUAAAUGGAAAUUGAAUUUUUUUUUAACUGUUUUAGAAAGGUUCAUUUGUCUCCUUCUUCAUGUUGUGUCAAACCAAACUCUCAUUGCUUUGCUAUAUCUUCCAUUGGCAUAUUCUCGAAGAGAAUCUAUGCGGUUCCUGACAAUUUUGUCAAUGUACUUGACGAGAUGAGUUGGACUUUGUGGAGUUUAUCCAUGUCUCCUAUAUCAUUUCUUUCUCGCCACAAUGAAUAAAGCACUGCUUGAAAGGUAUACCGAAUGAGGAAUAAUGUUGUGCUGUCCCUUGUCGUGUCCAUCAGAAGGUUGAGAAUCUGAGACCAGUUGUUUGUUUUCCGCACUCCAAGCCCUUACGUAUGAGGUAAUGAUGGAUCCACUGGGUUGUCGAUAAAAUUCUCCAGAUCAGUUUUAGGACACAGACUUUGUUUGUUUCUUCCAGUGGACGCAGGCCAAGAUCAUUUGAACAUUCUUAUAAAGUGUAAGGGGUUUCAGGACAACAAACUAAAUCAUUUCUACAAUGUGGACAUAGGGUAGAUGAUACAGUGCCUUUUUUUUUUUUUUGAACAACGAUGAUACUGUGCCUAAAGAGUCAAAACUACUAUUAGAUAAUUCAGAAUUGGGUAGAAUAAGAUUUUACCUCAGUUACCUGAAUGUUUAGAUGGACCAAAAACACAAAUAUCAGGCUUUUAAAGGACAUUUUACAUAAUAGAUUUAAUGAAUCUACUUAAAAUUGAAGUAUAAAAAACUUAUUGCCUAUUUUUAAGUGAUUACUUUGAGCUUCUAACUUCCUUUUUCACACUUUGUCUAAUUAAUAACUUAAUUUCGGAUAAAUUUAAUAACUCCUGUCUAAAAUAGGCAAUUCUAUCCUAACCAAAUUUGAAUGCCUGAUAAGUUUAUUCAAAAUUGACUAUAGUUAAACUAAAGCAACCAGUUUGGUUUCAAUACUCACAUUUUUGUCAAAUCCGAUCAUAUGCAUCAAAACAAACAACUAUAUUCGAUGUUAGGAUUCCUUGUGAAUACUAUCGUUUAUUGGUUGUGUCACUUUAUUAGUUUGGACAGCAAGUGAUGGACAGUUCCCUUCGUCAGUCCAUAUGGUUACGUCAAUUACUGCUAAACCAACAACACAGAAACCAUAUAAAAAACAUAUUUAACCAGAUGAUCUCAAAUCCAAUCUAAUAUACGAAAUUGUCAAAUAUAUUUUACCAAACAAUACUAAACCACGAUUUCUUUCUUGUGUAGCAUAGACCAUAUUAAUAGACUAAACCAUACUAAACCACUUGCAUCCCCUAUAAUAUUAAUUGAGAAUCAUUUAAAAAAUUGUAACCUUAAGUUUGUAUUAAUUAAAAAGAAAUUAUGUUUAGGUGUCACUUAAUUAGCAUGUCAAUUUAGCUUAUAUGACAGUUUAAAAAUCAUUUGAAAUAAAUUUUUGUCCAAAUCGAAUUACUAGAAAAAUUAUAUUAACCCAAAAUAUAAGAAGUAUGUAAUUUUUCCUCAAAUAAAAGUUACGCAAUUACCUAAUAUGAUUAACGUAUAUAUUGCAAUUAAUGCUAUGAAUAAUAAAUAUUUGAUAAUAAUUUUUGCAUUCUUCUUCAUUUUUGUUUAAUUUUAUAUUAUUAAAACAAUUAAACAAUAAAAUUAACCAUAUAAU